AUGUCUUCUCAACAAGAUAUGAUGAGCCGAUUUUCAAUUCAUGAUCGGCCAUUGGGUUACCAAGUGCAGACACCAACCCAUAUCUUUGAGCCACCGAAAGAUCCCAUCCACAACAGCAAUGUAACACCAGCGGGCGCUUUGGAUAGUCUUGACUUCAUGCAAUUCGAGUCGUUCAAUGCAGAUAUGUUCCCUGAUGAGAUGGACAUGAUCAACAGUUAUCUCGGGGAAGUUCUUCCCCCUGAAGACUCACAUCAAGGACUCACACCGGAUACAUCAAACUUCUUUACUCAAUCAUUUAUUCCAGAGCCAGUUCUUGCGCCUGCUCCCUCGGGCCAUCUACCGCUAGAGGCACCUGGCCAUAUAGAAUUGAGCAGCGCCCCAACGUCGACUUUACCUUUCUGCCAGAAACGACAAGCUCAAGCAGCUCCAGCUCGAAACAAGGUCGAUCGGUUGCUGGAUACCACAGAAGAUAUUGUAGCAACAAACCCCUGGGCUGUAUCGGCUGCUGCUCAUGAAAGGCUUUCCGUAGAGUUCUCGAAGCACAGGCCGGGCAUAUCCCAGUCAUUCACACUUCCCAGCAGACAUGCGUUAUCUCGAUAUAUUGCAAGCUGGAUACGAGGCUAUCAUCCGCAUUUACCAUUCGUCCACCUUCCGACUACCAACCUAGAAUCCAUGUCACCUGUACUUCUCUUGACGCUAGCAGCUACAGGGUCAUUCUAUGGAUUCGAGCAUCCUCAGGGAUACGCCAUGUACUUCGUGGCCAAAGCUAUGAUCAACCAUGAGCUAGAGGAGAGACGCCGUGUGUCAAACCGCCAUAUUCUCAACGGCUUUCCUCGUUUUGCAGCUCUCCCUACAAGCUCCACAGAAGUCUACGAUCCGCCGCCAAAAAAUCGCCCUGCGAUUUUAACGAAAUUCGAUAUUGAACUAUUACAAUCCUUGCUGAUUGCCGUGAUGACUAUGUCAUGGCUGGAUGGACCACUUGCAGAGGAAGCACUCGCUAUGAGUGGCCAGUUAACUACGCUCACACGCGACAUCUUGAAACGUCUACCAGAGGAACAUCACAAUGAUACAUGGGAGAAUUGGGGUCGCGAUGAAGAAAGACGACGCACCCUUCUCUCGGCCUAUUUCACAUUAAAUAUUCAAACCAUCUGCUUCAAUGUACCACCUCAGAUGACAGCUACAGAGUUUAGCUUCGAACUUCCUUGCUCUGAGGCUGAGUUCAGCGCACCAGACUCGGAAACAUGGAAUCGUGUACGACGAAAGGUCGACCCACGCAAGCUCAACUUUCAGUCAUGCUUCAAGCAAUUACUGUCUGGAGAGCCACUAGCCAAGGAAGUCUCGGCAACAGAGUUUGGCAAUUAUAUGCUUAUCCAGAGUUUGCUGAUACAGGUCUACUUUGAGCGUCAAGUGUCGUCUGCACUGUUGUCUUCAUCGCCAAGUCUGUCGGAGAGUACCAUUGCGACUUAUGCUGCUGCACUCGGUGCCUGGCAAUCUUGCUGGGACUCUGCUAUCGAAUCUGCGCCCGACCCCUCCUCUAGAAAUUCGCCUCUACCUUUCAACUCGACUGCUAUGCUCCGACUAGCUCAUAUUCAUCUUGGGUUUGGCCUGUACAGUCAAUGCGAGUUACUAUCUCGAGAUCCUGUCGUCAAAGCUCAAGUGUUCGAACCAUAUCGGAACCCAUUACCUCUGCGUGCUCCGCACCUUGAUCAAGCUGUUCUUCAUGCUAUCUACGCUUUAAGAAUCCCUGUGAGAGUCGGCAUUGCGUUCGUGGCACGUGGCCGUACAGGUCAUUGGAGUGUCCAGCAUGCUAUCAGUCACUUUGGAUGCGCCCUUCUACUUACCCACUGGCUUGAAAAUAUUUAUCAGCUAGUUCUGUCGGAUGGAGCGUCAGCUCUGAGAGAGGAGGAAAAGCGCCUGCUUUCCAUGGUCGACCGUCUAGUCGAGGAAACUCACCUAGAGGCUUCGCUGGGGCCCAAAUCUGACUUUCCUGGCAGGAUAAGACGUUUGGCUAUCGCAGCAGUGAAGCUUUGGGCAGAAACUUGCAAAGGCAUACAGGUCUAUGAGAUCGUGCAUGUCGUUGGAGAAACACUUUCCCUAGUGGCAGAAUCACUAGAAAAGCAGAUUUAG